UCUCAAGAAUACGCCAUUUUCUUCUUAGAAGAACACAAGAAAUCAUUAUAAUGAAGGCUAGUGGAAGGCAGCUUCUGGGUUUGGUCUUUGCCAUCUUCGGCUCUCUUGGAUGCAUGGCCAUCUGCAUCGGCUCCACUUGGAAAUUUACUCAGAAUAAGGGGCUGGGUUUGUGGAAGUACUGUGAGAGUCGGGACUAUUACUACGGGACAGCAUGUGAAGCUUAUAAUUCUCUGGAUGUACCUCAAGAACUGAAGGCUGCCAGAGCGCUCACCAUCAUGGCCAUCAUCAUCUGUGUUUUUGGGGUCAUGCUUGGUGUGGUUGGGGGCAACUGCACCACCAAUGUUCAGGAUGAAAGGCAAAAGACUAAAGAGGCCUUUGUUUCUGGAAUUGCCUUCAUCAUUGCAGGUGUCUUGGUGCUCAUACCAGUCUGCUGGACCACAAUCACCAUCACUCACAAAUCCAACGACACUCGGGACAGAAUGGGAGCUGCACUCUACAUCGGGUGGGUGUCUGUAGGGCUGCUGUUACCGGGUGGAAGUCUCCUCUGCAGCUCCCGUCCACUCAAAAAGGAGACUAGCUAUGAUGUUAAGUACUCCAAACCUCCCUCUGUGUAAAUUAGGGUCUUGUAAAAACAAAAACCAAAAGCAGUUAAUUAGAAAGAGUAAAAGCUCUUUGAAACUUAAAUGUGUGAUUUGGAUGAGUAGUAAAAUCCAAAGUGUGUGAAUUUAAACUUUCUGUAAAAUCUGACUGAGCAGCCACAAUUUAAAUCUAUGAUUUUUUUAAACUGGUUCAAAAUUAAUAGUGAUUUGGAUUGUUGUCUUACUUGCUGUUUUUAAAUACUUCUCUUCAUAUUUUUUUGUGCUUGUUUGUUUAAUGUGUGAUCAUAUACCAUUAAACGGUACUUUAAAUUAACACACAAGCAUGUGAGAUCAGGCAUUACUUUGUUGCAUCUGAUAGCAGUGGCUCUUUUUUUGUCAAUCAGCUAAAUAAAGAGUCUGAUUACAAUUUGUGUUUGUGUUUAUGUCUUCAUUCAUAAGAGACUAAGGAGUUGUGUAUAUUUUGCAUAAAGAGUGGGUCAAGGGAGAGAAAAAUAUUCAAUUCAAUUCAGUCAUAUUUAUUUAUGCAGGUACCUCAAGGUACUUUGUGUUACAAUAAUAGAAUAACCAACAGAAGUACAUUGAUUUGACCACUGGCAUAAAGAUGUAUUUUAUGUUUUUUGUUCACAAAUAGUCUAAUAAUGAAAUACAGUGUAGUGCAAACACGUGGCCCAGGGGCCACUUGUGGCCCAUGCCAACCCUACUUGUAGCCCAUAUAUUGACGUGACGAAAUAUAAAGCAAUUUGGCCCUUGAAGUUACUUUUUUUGUUAUGAGUUUGUUGUUGACUGCAAUGUUAAAAUAAGUUCUUUAAAAGCAAAAAAUAAAUAAAUAAUAUGAAUGCAAUAUGA